UUCACGCCCCAAAAAUCCCAAUGCAAAUCUAAUAAAGAAUAUGUGAGAUGUUUUAAUAAUUUAUAUUCUUUCAGAAUAGUGCCUGCAUGCCUACAUACUGUCGUCAACAAGUAACAUAGCCUAAAUCACUGAAUGGGAUAGUGUUAUUACUAGACCCUUAACAACGUUUGGCCAUAAUCGGUGGUCACUUCAGGUAGGCUAUGUUUUCAGGAGAACGAAUUGAAGCAUGAAGAACACGCUGCGUGUGGUGCUGUGUGCAGUGUGCAGUUGGUGAAGGGGCGGAGGGAGUGACCACAGGGUGAUUCCCAGCAGAACCCCCCCACCCCCUUAAAAAGAAAGGCACUAUGCUGCAUCAAGGAAUCCUGUGCGCUUAGAUGAGUCUCUGGAAAAUACUGAUACAGCUUUACGGACUUUAACUUGAUCGAAUUGCACAUAUCGCUCCACAUCUAAUAACUGUUGUUCUUGUUUUAAAAUAUUUUACAAACCAUGGCGUUCAGUAGGUCGCAUCCAUCAUCUCCAGCAAAUAAAACGAACUCACCUUUUGAACGUGGGGAUACCGCAAGGAAGCUGGAGCGAGGCGGCUCGCAGAAUCCAGGAUCAGCUGUAGUGAGGGCUGCUGCACCGGGGAACAGCUGCGACUCGUCCCAGCGUCCGCGGCACUUGGAGGGGGUCCUGAAUAAAUACACGAAUUUGCUACAAGGCUGGCAGAACAGGUACUUUGUGCUGGAUGCUGAGCAGGGGCAGCUGCACUACUUUGUGAGUGAGCCAAGUAAGAGCCAGAAGCCCCGUGGCUCACUGCCCCUCCCCGGGGCAUCAGUGGUACCCCACGACGAGCUGCCCCACAUGUUCUGCAUCUACGCCGCCAACGGAGAGAUCUUCAAACUCAGAGCAUCUGAUGCGGGUGAGCAGCAGCUCUGGAUGACCCAGCUGCAGCUCUAUACCCGACGAAACUCAGAUGGCAGUGCCAAGGGCAUCACUGCCUCCACCUCUUCCUCCUCCUCCUCCUCCUCCUCCUCCUCCUCCUCCUCCGCCGCUGCCUUAGGCCGGACACGCGGCUCCUCCCAGCUCCCCCACCCUCCAGCAGCAGCACCUCCUCCUCCAGCCACCUCCAUCACCACCACCACCACCACCAUCACCACCUCCUCUCCACCCGGGGCCCAGCAGAAAGCACUCCUCUCCGGGCUGCCGUCCUCCAGCUUCUCCUUCACCCAUCACAAGUGCCCCACCUCCGGCCAACGGGCCAAGAACCAGAACGUGAACCUCGGACAGCUCCAGGAGGUCAAAGAGGUGAUGUCCCAGGCGGAGGACCAGCAGAAGAACCUGGUGCACAACAUCGAGUCCCUCCCGGGCCGCGGGCCCAUGUCCUCUCUGGACCAGGACCUGCUCCUGCUGAAGGCCACCUCAGCCGCCACCCUCAGCUGUCUGGGAGAGUGCCUGAACAUCCUGCAGCACAACGUCUCCCAGGCAGCACAGCACCUGUCCCAGAGCCAGGCCCCCAGCCAGGCCCCCAGCCAGGCCCCCAGCUACAACCACAACCAGAACCAGAACCUGCCCCCAGACGGCGUCUUAGGGUGGAGCGGCAGCAAGCCCGCCCCCACCGAUCCGAAGAGAGGCGGCGGCCCAACGGUUCUCUCCUCCCCCGGCAGAACCCACCUCCGCUCCCCCUCCCCCUCCCUCCAGAACAAGGACCGGCCCCAGCCAUCUGAGACAUCCAACCUGAUCCAUCUCUCUCUCUCUCUCUCUCUCUCUCAGUCUCUCUUUCUCUCUCUCUCCCUCUCUCUCUCUCUGGGAACAGCACUGAGUGUUGUUUCACAGAAUCAGUCCUCUCGUCGUCACCUCCUUCCUUCUCUCUCUCUCUCUCUCUCUGUCUCUCUCUCUCUCACUCUCUCUCUCUCUCUCUGGAUGGUGAGCAUGAAGUCCAGCUGGAUUGUGAGCAAGCCGCCAGCCUCCAGCCAGAGUGGGAGCGCGAGUGUGAGUCACCCAAGCCCCGAGGCGGUGGACCCCAGCGAGGAGACCACGGACACGGAGGACAAUGAGGAGGAGGACCUCGGCGUCCUGGAGGAGCAGCGGAGCGUCAUCCUCCACCUGCUGUCCCAGCUCAAACUGGGCAUGGACCUCACCAGGGUGGUGCUGCCCACCUUCAUCCUGGAGAAGCGCUCGCUACUGGAGAUGUACGCCAACUUCAUGGCCCACCCGGACCUGUUCCUGGCCAUCGGCUCGGGCGCCACGCCGGAGGAGCGCAUGGUGCGCUUCGUGGAGUACUACCUGACCUCCUUCCACGAGGGCCGCAAGGGCGCCGUGGCCAAGAAGCCCUACAACCCGGUGUUGGGGGAGAGCUUCCGCUGCACCUGGGACGUGCCACGGGAGCGGGUGAGACCCCUCAGGACCAACACCACCACCACCACCACCACCACCACCACCACCACCAACGCUUCAGCCGCCGGCCCUCCGACCAGCGCGGCCUCCGGGCCGGGGGAGGCGGGGCGGACCGGGGACGCCACGGGUGACCGGCUCCGGCUGCGCUUUUUGGCGGAGCAGGUGUCACACCACCCGCCAGUGUCGGGGUUCUACUGCGAGUGCAAGGAGAGGAGGAUGUGUGUGAACGCGCACGUGUGGACCAAGAGCAAGUUCAUGGGGAUGUCCAUCGGGGUGUCCAUGGUGGGAGAAGGAGCGCUGCACCUGCUGGAGCAUGACGAGGUGUAUGUGUUCGGGCUGCCCUCGGCCUACGCCCGCUCCAUCCUCACCGUGCCCUGGGUGGAGCUCGGAGGCAAGGUGUCCAUCGCCUGUGCCAAGAGCGGAUACUCUGCCACGGUCUCCUUCCACACAAAGCCGUUCUAUGGAGGGAAAGUACACAGGGUCACGGCGGAGGUCAAGCACAACUCCACGGGCACCAUCGUCUGUAAGGCCCAGGGGGAGUGGAACGGAACGCUGGAGUUCACCUAUAGCAGCGGAGAGACCAAAGUGAUUGACACCGGCAAGCUGCUAGUCAUCAACAAGAAACUCCGGCCCAUGGAGAAGCAGGGCCCAUACGAGUCAAGGCGGCUGUGGCAGCACGUGACGAGGGCGCUGAGGACGGGGAGCAUGGAGGCGGCGACGGAGCAGAAGCGCCAGCUGGAGGAGCGGCAGCGGGGCGAGGAGCGGCAGAGGGCUGCCACCAACACGCCCUGGAAACCCAAAUACUUCAGCAAAGAGGGAGACGGCUGGGUGUAUCACAAUCCACUGUGGAAAGCGCACUGACAGGGACCCCAAGCACACGCCAAACUCCAGCUGUCAAUCACAUAGCCCAGUCCAGAGAGGGGUGUGGCUCUACAGAGGGAGGGCUGGCCAACCGGAGGAAGGAAGGGGGGGCAAGAUGAGCGCCCGUCAAAGGGAAGCGCAGCGAGAAGGCGUCCAACUCUCCCAUUAACUUACAUGUGUAGCUCUAGACGACCAGUGCCUAACACGUAGCCUGAACCCAAAGACACGAGCAGGGAGCUCAGAUAUCCGUCCACACAUUACCCUGCUGUAAACCCUCCUGGACCACCUUAACAAAAACGAAUGACAAAAGGACAAAACAUGUUGGCAGCAAAUGUAAGGGAAUAUAUUUAUAAUUUUUUUUUUUU